CCCAAACGAAUCGCACCCGCCUGCGCCGCCUUGUCUUCUCCAGCGUCGGAUCUCCCACGCGCCGCCCUCAGUCCUCACCGCAGCCUCCAUUCCCCCGCCACCACCUUCCUUCCCUCACUCACUCCCUCACUCCCUCUGCGCGCGCGCUAUAUAAGGACCACCGGAUGUCGGACGCGCCGGCGAGCCCCCCGGGCGUCGGGAGCGACGACGGCGGGGGCGGCUUCGGCGGCGUCAGGGAGCAGGACAGGUUCCUGCCCAUCGCCAACAUCAGCCGCAUCAUGAAGAAGGCCAUCCCGGCCAACGGCAAGAUUGCCAAGGACGCCAAGGAGACCGUGCAGGAGUGCGUAUCCGAGUUCAUAUCCUUCAUCACCAGCGAGGCCAGCGACAAGUGCCAGAGGGAGAAACGCAAGACCAUCAACGGCGACGACCUGCUCUGGGCGAUGGCCACGCUGGGCUUCGAGGAGUACAUCGAACCCCUCAAGGUCUAUCUGCACAAGUUCAGAGAGAUGGAGGGUGAUAGUAAGGUAACAUCAAAGGAUGGCUCUGUUAAAAAGGAUGUACUUGGUCAUGGAGGAACAACUAGCUCAACUGUGCAAGGGAUGGGCCAACAAGUAGCAUACAACCAAGGAAUGGUUUAUAUGCAACCUCAGUACCAUAAUGGGGACAUCCCAAACUGAAAGAUAGUGGACCUUGUUGGUGGCUGCUGUGCUGGUCUGUAAGGUUGGUUUUCAUCGGUUUCGCUGAUAUACAACUCUUGGAGAGCACUAGGCAGUUAAGGAACUUACUACCCCCAUUAGGCCCGUGUUCGUCUGCCAGAACUGAUGCUCCGAAUUGCCAAGGCUGCUUCCCAGAUGUAAAUUGCUUUUUCCUGAGAAUAGAGUCAGUUGUGGUUAGCAUCGAUGUUGUCUGUUGUAUAUUUAUGAAAAUUUAACAAUUUGGCCUCUUGGCUGUCAUUUGGUUCCAUAUUAUGGAGUAAUCUGUAUUUGGGGAGUGGUAAAUCCAGAUACAUUUGUCCUAAAUUAGUUUUAUCAAACCC